AUGUCUACUAACUCGAUGACGAAUGUCUUAGAGUGGUACUUACCGACAUAUUACCAAGUGGUUCGUGGCAAGGGCAUAGGUACUACUACAUUCGGCUACUAUGCACCGUUCAUGAUCUUCGCCUCAAUAUGCAUGCCAAUUGCAGCAGGUUCAAUGACAACCUAUGAUCCAGACACAACUCUGGUUCAAAUAAUCAUAUAUUCAGGAUUUGCUGGCUUCAGCGGGGGUAUUGGAUUUCAAGGCUCCCAAGCAGCUGUUCAAACAACGCUGAGCACUGAAGAUGUGAACCUCGGGAUUGGGGUUAUUUUCUUUGGGCAACAUCUUGGCCCAGCAGUAUUCAUUGCUAUUGCGCAGGUAAUUUUUACAACUGAGUUGUCAGAGAGUUUACAAGAGGUUAUACCAGGGCUGACACCAAAAUACAUCGAGGAGAACGGCCUUGGCGACAUUAAGAAUGGGGUUCCUAUGCAGCAUUGGGAGACAGUCUUGAGUGGUAUUGAUCGGAGCUUGACUAGUACUUGGUACCUGUGUGUUGCGUUGGCAUAUACUACAAUGGCGGGAAGUCUUCUUAUUGAAUGGCGCUCAGUUAAGCAGAAACAGUCUUGA